UAAGGUCAAGUUUAUUUCUUAUUCGUUCUUUGAUAUCACAAUAUUUGCGUACGUAAUCAUAUAUACGUAUAUAGUGGACAAAUUAUUAAUAAUUGUAUUAACGGUAGUAAUUCAAGUUUUAAUCACAAAAUGAAUAUAGCAAGAAUAUCUUACAGAACUUUACUGAAAACAUUCAAUAGUCCUAAAAGUUAUAUUAACAAAUACAACUAUUUAGGCACUAGUUUUAGUAACCACGGUAGUGCUGUUCCUUUGUCCACGACCAAAUUGAGGUUAAAAGAUGAAAAGGUUAAAUUAACAUUCAUAUUACAUGAUGGGAAACGUUUGGAAACAGAGGCGAAUGUUGGAGACACCCUCCUAGACGUGGUAGUGAACAACGACCUGAACAUAGAGGGGUACGGAGCGUGUGAAGGCACCCUCACCUGUUCCACCUGCCACGUUAUACUGAAGAAGAAAGAUUAUGACAAAUUACCAGAGGAAGCAUGCGAAGAGGAGCGCGACAUGCUCGACCUGGCAUACGGCCUGACGGACACCUCGCGGCUGGGGUGCCAAAUCACCCUCACCAAAGACAUGGACGGGCUGGAGGUGACUGUACCGGAAACAAUCAAUGACGCGCGCAGUUGAUGACGUGAAUUAACUAAUUGGUAGUUAAUUGUAAUUUUAUGGUACCCAUUAAAUAGAAACGGAUUAAUAUUGGAUCACAGGCUUAAAGCUAACUCGUUAGCGACAUGUAAAUGAAUCUAUUUAAGAAUAUAGAAAAAAAUUUGGACAGACAUUUCGAGAAACGCAAAAAAUUUUACGACAAACUACGCAAUUUGUUAUUACACUCAAUAUUUUAUAUACUACUAGCUGACCCCGUAAACGUUGUUUUACCACUUAUUGCGAACUAUAAAAGUCGCGAUUAAAACACAGGGGUUGAUCGUGAAACGAUGAAAAUUUCAAGUUGUAUGUAUUUUUCAAUGCUGAAGUAUAAUAAAUAUAAAAUUAAAAAAUUUGUCCUAAAAUUAAAAAAAAAAUAUUUUGGGGCGGGUCACCCUUAUCACUUACGGGUAUGAAAAAUAGAUGUUGGCCGAUUCUCAGACCUACCCGAUAUGCACACAAAAUUUCAUAAAUAUCGGUAAAGCCGUUUCGGAGGAGUUUGGUAACAGACACCGUGACACGAGAAUUUUAUAUAUAAGAAAUACAUAUCUGUCACGCCUGUCUCCCAUUGCGGUAGACAGAAACAAUGGAACGCCGAAUGCUUCGAUUCAAACAGACUUAUUUCACUUCCUCCACAUUCAUCAAUCUUUACACGCUCGCCGGUUACGGGUACAUUUAAUUUGGCCCGUCGUCAGCAUGUCGCCUUUUUGGUCGAUUUACGUCCGUCUAUAGCGGCCCCUACCGACAUCUCCAUUCAUUCGUGCUCGAUAAGUCUCUUUCGUAAUUCUUCUUUCAUCCAUCCUCCUCCAAAUAGACGAUAUACUAUAGGACAUAUUAGGGCAGAAAUUUCGUGAAAUAAAAAUUUUAGAAAUGCAAAAAAAUGGGUGACAAUCUACGCGUCAUAUUAGUGUAGAGAGCUCAACGUCUCCUUUCAUAUUUUAAAUACACUGAUAUCAUUUUAACAUCAUAUCAGCCAUUCUCUGUCCACUGUUGAUAGUAAAUAAAAAAAAAAAAAACUAAAAACAAGUCUUCCUAACAUGUCGAUUCAUUUCUCAAAAUUUUAUUGUUCUCUUUUCAUACAAAUCUAACAAAAAACUUCUAUUUGUUUUUCUUUUGUCAAACUUGAUUUUUAUUCAAAUUCUAACCAAUUUUUAUGUCAACCUUAUGAUUGAUCAACCUUAAAGGUCAACCAAUUGGAUUAAUGAGGUCAUUUGUAAUAAUUUAUAACUGAUCUAUAUAGUUAUAUCAAUUCCUUAUUCCAUUCCUGUUUUCAGUAUUGAAGCUCUCUACUGAAUGAGUGAAUGUCUUAAAUGCGUUUGCGCGAUCAUUAGAACCAAGCAUACUCAUUGACCUUGAAGGUGAAAAGGUCAACUAAUCAAAAAGUUAAAAUGUCAACCAAAUUAAAAGGUCUAUGAAUUAAAAAUUUAAAAGGUCAAUCAAUUAAAGUCUGUCAAGUUACUCUUAGUGCAGCUGUGCAUCGCUUCCUUGUUAAAUUUUUAAAAGUUAAGUAAUUUUUGUAUAAUUGUUUUAUUAUAGUGAUAGGUAUAUUAAAUUUGAAUUAAAUAAUAUUAUUAUAUUUAAAUUUGUUGACCCCAUAUUUAUGUGAUUUAUUUAAGUUUAAUUUUUAUUUCUACGCUUUUUAUUAUACCAUAAUUUAUUGGAUCCUGGUGUUAUACCAUAUGUAUGGCAGCAUAUUAUUUUUUUUUUUUUUUUUAUAUAUAUAAACUAAUAUGUAUAUUUUAAAGCAAAUUUUAACCUUAAGUUUCGUAAGUACACAUUAUAUCUUAAUAUAAGAACAACCGGAUUGACUUACGUGCAUUUUGGUCACGUGGUCAGAGCCGCUCAUGACUGAAGGUCCCGGAUGGUUCAGAAACUAAUCGAACUAUUUCGACUAACUUAUUUAAGUUGGUUGUUAACUAUGUUUGUGUUAUUGUUGCAUAAAAAUGUAAUGUUUUUUUUUUUUUUAUAGUAAACUUUUUCAUAAUAAUUUUCAUUUGUGAUUUUAAUAAAGCGAGAAUCUUUUUAACGGAAUGUUCAUAGUUCGAGAUUUUUCUUUUCUGUGUUGCGUUACAGGUUACACUUUAGACAAAUUUUAAACUCGGUGUUUGUUACAAUGAUUUUGUAAAACACCAACUCUCAUUACAAAUUUUAAAAUUUGUAAGUAAUAUUGUAAUAAACGUUUUAAACUAGUUUUUAAUUAAAUUUAAAUUUAAUUAUAUUUGACAUAUAUUUGUGCUAAUUUUAAUUUAUAUUAUGUACCUAUUCUUGUUAGGUAUUACAUGUUUAUAUGUAUAAUGGUAUUGUAACUUCCUCUGCGCUAUCGGUAUACGCUAACAGGGCAUCAGUGAGGGAUGAUCCUCACCUAUCUUCUCUCACUGGUGCCCCGUCAGCGUGUACCGUUAGCGCAGGCGGUGUUACCAUUAUCAUCCAUACAAAAAGGCACAGAAUUUAUAUUUAAAAUAAUAUUGAAUUGGUAUUCAUUGUAUGGGGUCUAAUUUUCAUUUUAUUGUACAUUUAAAGAAAUUUUAUUAAAAAGUAUAUUUACAGUCAA